UGGUGAUGAAGCCCAAAAUGGCGCCGACACUGAGCGACCGAGAUUUGCGAAGCAAGCUGAAGGCCUUGGGCUUCACGGCCGGCCCUAUCACCGACAGCACCAGGUCUGUGUACCUGAAAAAAUUACACCAACUGCAGUCCGAAAAGAAUCAACAGGAAAAGAGCAGCCGGGCGCCGCGGGUUCGCCAGAGCCUCCGGCAACGUGAGGUUGAGUUCCAGGCCCCCGCCCCAGCCCCAGCCCCAGCCCCAGAGCAGCCAAGGAGGAGGCCGGCCGCUGUCUCCAACGUGAGGGCCGAGUCCAGCCGCCAGCAGGCCGACCCUGUGUUUGACUCUACUACCACCCAUUAUACAGGGACAUCGGCUGCAUACCUUACAGAUAGACUCCAUUCAGGGGAUGACGAAGACGCGGAGGAAUCUGACAGUCUGAGCUCGCAUCGAUACACGGGGACUUCCAGCAGCUUGCAUUCGGAUUCGUUUACCAGGAAACCAGUCAACACAUAUUCAGAUCGCUAUGGAGGGGCAUCUGGCAGCCUGACUUCAGAUCCAUAUACCACGAAAUCUGUUAGCUCAUAUUCAGAUCGCUAUACAGGAGCAUUUAGCAGCCUGACUUCAGAUCCAUAUACCAGAAAACCUGUCAGUUCAUAUUCUGAGCGAUAUACAGGGAUAUCUGGCAGCCUGACUUCAGAUCCAUAUACCAGAAAACCUGUCAGUUCAUAUUCUGAGCGAUAUACAGGGGUAUCUGGGAGCCUGGGUUCAGAUCUGUAUGCAGGGACAUCGGGCGGCCUGACUUCGGAAUCACACAGCAGGAUAACUGACACACUGUAUUCAGAUCGCUACACUGGGGAGAGUCUGAAUUCAGAUCCAUAUACAAAAAAAUCUGACAGUUCAUAUUCGGAUCCAUACACAAGGAAAUCUGACAGCCUGUAUCCAGAAACGUACACGGAAAAAUCUGACAUUCUGAGUUCGGAUCAAUAUGCAAGGAAAUUUCAGAGUCUAAAAUCCAAGCCAUACACAAGGAAAUCUGAUAGCAUGUAUUCAGAUCAACACGCAGGGAAAUCUGACAGCCUAAGGUCAGAUCUACAUACAGGCAGAUUUAGCAGCUUGUAUUCUGAUCAUUUUUCAAGAAAUUUGGGCAGCCUCCAUUCUGAUAGUCGUUACAGAGGAAAGUCUGACAGUUUGUUGAAAAGUGAACGCUACAUAAGAGGAACUGCUGCUGGGCUCCCUAAGAAGGGGAUGCAAAAACCUAAGAAUCGUCUAGACAGAUUUGAGUUUUACCUAUCAUGGUUUCUCUAUGUUACUACAAUUGUCCUGUGUCUCGUUCUGUUGGGGUUAAUCUGCAUCAAAACCUUACAGUUGCUUGAAAAACCUGAAGACAUCAGUGAAAAUAUUAAGAUGCUGCCAGUGGAUUGCAAUGGGAAAACUGACGCAUAUUGCCAAGCUGAAGAACGCAAAAUCAUAAUGCUCAUGUUGUCUGAAAUGUACGAGUAUUUGGCAGAAAUAGCUGGUGAGUUUGAGUGUGGAUCUGAAUAUCUGCUGAAGACCAAAUGUGUGCCAGUCGCUGAUGUACAGAGACAUUUAGCAACUAAUAAUAUACCUAAUCUAGAAAAAUUUAAUGAGGCACUCCAAUGGAUCAUUCAGAGUACUCGAGACUUUGGGAUUAGGCUAGUUGGUGAAGAUUCUGAAGCACCAGUGACUUCAGUGGAUCAAGUGAUCUGUCUUGAAUCCACUCGUCCACAGAUGAAUUUAUAUUGUCGCCUCCGUCAUGCUGUUUAUACUAUUCUUCACAGAAUGCUAAUCUUUAUCUUGGUUUUAAGCCUUUUGUGGAUCAUGUUGCUACUUCUGAAAUACCAGUUGAAGAAAAUGAAGGACCGAGAGCAAGCCGUGUAUGAAAUGGUGAACAAAAUUAUAGCUGUCGUUCGUGCCCAUAAUCAAGACUGGGAAAAAGAUUUAGAACUCAUACCAUAUGUACCUGUCCCUCAUGUCCGUGACACUCUGAUUCAACCUGAGAACAGGAAAAAGAUGAAGAUGAUCUGGGAGAAGGCUGUUCAGUUUCUUGAAGCAAAUGAAUCACGAAUUCGUACAGAGACUCAGAUAAUAAAUGGAGAAGAUUUCUUAGUCUGGAGGUGGACACAGCCUUCGUCCCUCUGUGAUUCAAUGUGAUAAAUAACUAAAUGUAAUGAGCAAAGGGCAGUUAGGAGCCAUAUUGUUGAUGCAGUGCUUUAGCAUGCCAGCAAGCUUUACUACACGAUGAACACUUGUGUUUGUGAAAUUUUCACACAGCAGUUGAUUUAUUUGAGAGCAAGGAGUAAGCCACUACUGAUGAAAAGGUAGAAGAAUUGAGUGGAUACCUGGGACAUCUUGCAAUGCUUGUUGACAGAUUUUAAAAAUAUCAUUAUUCAUUGUUGGGAUUAAGGAAUCACGAGCAAGGCCUAGAUUUAAUCUUCAUCUCUAAUAUAACUGAGGGGCUUAAUAGGUAACCAGAGAAAGCAGCUAAAAACCUGUCAUAUGUUGAGUGACUGAAGUUGUAUACAGUUUGACAAGUUUUGUAAUAGAUUUUUUUGACAGUGCCAAUCCAACAAUCAUCAAUUACCACUUAAAGUUCCUGAUGAGAUUUGACCUCUCAAUAUCCUGAAUAACUAGUUCAGACACUUAGAUUAUUAGUUCAAUAAGAGAGGCACCAUACCAUAGCUAUAUUUAUUGAAGUUGUUAGAGAUUCGGAAACAAACGAUCUUGCAUUUUUCCAAAGCCAGAUAAUAUGCUAAUGUAGCCAAAUAAAGCAGAAAGGUAAUACUGUAAAUCUGAGAACAAUAAAAUAAUGUGUAACUUUGAACUAGGCCUUAUAUUUAAUGGACUUUAAAUAUAGUUGUCAUAAUUCUUAAACAUAAAGGUUUAAAGUCUUUGUCCAGAUUCAUAUUCUGUGCUGCAUAGUGUUUUAAAUUUGCUUUUAUGCACUGACUUUGUGAAAAUAAUUGUCAUUAUGUCAGAAAUUCUGUCUCCUGUAUAUAAGUACUGCACUUGCUUUAAGUAUUUUAUACAUUUUAAGGACAAGUUUUUUGCAGUUUAUGCAAUCAAAUUUAUUUUAUGAAGAGGGUGCAACAUCAGUUUUUCCUUUCUGCUGCAUACAAAUUUGAUAGGAAAUGUAAUAAUGCUGAUUCUUCUGAACAGAGCCAAACAUGCUGAAAUCUAUUAAUUCCACUUAACUGACCUGGUAUUCCUGACCCAUAUCUGUUCUAUUUCUGUUUUCAACUGUCAACAGAAAUAUUAAAAAAAUGAAAUAACUCCACAAAGGCUGGUAUCCCAUCACCAAAUCACCCUUUUUUUGACUCAUGCAUAGCAUUUGACACUGACCAGUCUUGCUCAGAACCAUUUCUGUGUGUGUUCAGAACCCCUGACACUUCUGUUUAUAUCUGUCAGCCAGGACUGCUGAUUGGGGCUGUUAUCCCAGUCCAAUCAGGGAACUGGUAUUCAGUGAGGUCCACCUACCUGACCUUGUUCCAAUCACUGCAGAAAGCAUAUCUCCAAAGUAUUUUAAAAUAUUUGUAAAUGUAUUUUGUUCCAUAAGGGUAAUUUUAUUUCUUAAAACGCAGGUUAUUUUCUUUUUAAAGGGGUGGCAAUAGCUUCCAUGUAAAGGGUAAUUAUGUAAAAUAGUAGAUCUCUAUGACUAUAAAACUGACAGUUGAGCAGCAGCUUUAUGACUUAAGAAAUGUCUGAUAAUGUUUUUAUGUGUGGAAGUUAAGUGGUUAACAUAUUUGAUGAAGCCUAAUUGGAAACAAUUGGAAAGCUAUUUGGUAAUGAAAAUGCAGCAGGCGUGUGUUCAAGUUUCAUAAUGAUACUUUACCGUGAAUAAUCUAUCUCAAAGCAUUGUGAAUGAACUAAAAAUAUACAGUAUAAAGUAAAACAUUUCGUAUUACACAGUGCCUCAUUGAAUUGGUAUAAAAGUGAAUUAUUGUUCUGUAUUUUGUAUAUAUCUUAGAGGGUAUAUUUGUACAAACAUAGGAAUUGCCUCUUUGGGUUUGCUCUGCCAUUUGAUAAGGUCAUGGGUGAGUUGAUUGUGGCGCCAACUCUGGAAUCCAUAGAAUCUCUGAAGUGUGGAAACAGGUAAUUUGGCCCAACAAGUUCAUGCUGACCCUCCAAAGAGCAUCCCACCCAGGCCCAUCACCUAUCCUGACCCUGUAACCUUGUGUUUCCCAUGGCUAACACAUUUAACCUAUAUAUCCCUGUUCACUAGCCAAUCCACCUAACUUGCUCAUCUUUCAAUUGAGGAAGGAAUCUGGAGCACCCAGAAGAUACCCAUGAAGACAUGGGAGAAUGUGCAAACACUACACAGACAUUCGGGCGAGGGUAUAAUUGAACCCAGGUCUCUGGCACUGAGAGGCAGCAGUGCGAAUCACUAAGCCCCAAAAUACUAUUAUUGUAGAAUCCCCACGGUGCACAUAGAAGCCAUUCAGUCCAUCAAGUCCGCACCAACCCUCAAAAGAACAUCCAACCCAUUCAUGUAACCCUGCAUUAACCAUGGCUAACCCACCUAUCCUGCACAUACCUGGACACUAUGGGGCAGUUUACCAUGGGCAAUCUACGUAACCUGCAUAUCUUUGGAUGUGGGAAGAAACUGGAGCACGGAGCAGAAACCCACACAGACACAGGGAGAACUGUCCAUGCAGACAGUCACCCAAGGCUGGAAUUGAACCCAGGGCCCUGGCAGUUGGAAGCAGCAGUGCUAACUACUGUGCCACCUUGUCGUUCUCUACUUUCCUCCCUACCCCAUAACUCUGACUCCGUUGUUAGUCAAGAAUCUGUCUAUCGCUGCCUUAAGGGAUAUUCAUUGAGCCUGCCUCAACACUUUCUGUGGAAGAAAGUUUCAAAGGCUCACAAAUUAAUUUCUCUUUUUCUUCAAUGGGCAACCCCUUAUUUUUAGGGCUGUGUCUCCUGACAUCCCCAAAAGGUGCACAUUGCAUAUGCGGAAAGCUUUGCAUAUGCACACUUUGUGAAACACUGUGCCAGUCAAAAACAUGGUGAUACCCAAAUAAACACACAAAUACGAGAGUGAGGGACGUCUUUGGCAGCUUUGCUCAUAUGUACUAAGAGCAUUUAUGAGGUGUCGGCAGACAUUCUCUUUUUAAACUGUGUCACCUAAUUCUAGUGCCUGCUACAAUGGGAAAUACACUUUUAGGAUCCACCUUGACAAGGUCCCCACAAGUUCAUAUAUGUUCAUAGUACCUUUAUGUAAUCACAUGGUGCUAAUCUGCUAUUUGUUAGGAAGAUAAAAUUCUUGGGCUUCAGUUGCUGUUUUCAGUUCUAUGAUAUAUAUUGCAUGUUUUUACUGAUUUUACAGAAUCAUUAAACUCUUUAGUGAUAAAUGUUAA